UCCAAGAUGGCGGGCCGGCGGUUUCUCGGGGCCGUCAGGUGGUGAGAGUUGAAAGGCGGCGGCGGCGGCUCCUCCUCAGUCCUAGGAAGAUGGCCGAGAGUGAGCGGCAGCCGGAAACCUCUGUGGAGACCAAACCUCCUCCCUCCCGAACCUUUAUGAUCCCCAAGAAGGAAAUCAACAUGGUUCCUGACAUGGCAAAGUGGAAACGGUCUCAGGCGUACGCUGACUACAUGGGCUUCAUUCUCACGUUGAAUGAAGGAAUCAAGGGGAAGAAGCUGACCUGUGAAUAUAAAGUCUCAGAGCCCAUCGAAAAGCUGGUCACGCUCCUCAACACUCUAGAUCAGUGGAUUGAUGAGACACCCCCAGUGGACCAGCCAUCUCGCUUUGGGAACAAAGCUUUCCGGAUGUGGUACGCGAAGGUGGACCAGGGGGCUGAGACCUUGGUUGCGGUGGUGGUCCCCAAGCAGCAAGCCGAAGCUGUGCCCGAGGUGGCUGUCUACUUGAAAGAGUCUGUUGGCAACUCUACCCGCAUCGACUAUGGGACAGGCCACGAAGCAGCCUUUGCGGCCUUCCUUUGCUGCCUCUGCAAAAUUGGCGUCCUGCGGGUGGAUGACCAGCUGGCCAUUGUCUUCAGAGUAUUCAACAGGUACUUGGAAGUCAUGCGAAAGCUGCAAAAAACCUAUCGAAUGGAGCCAGCUGGGAGCCAAGGGGUCUGGGGCCUGGACGACUUCCAGUUUCUCCCCUUCAUCUGGGGCAGCUCUCAACUGAUUGAUCACCCCAACCUGGAGCCUCGGCAUUUUGUUGAUGAGAAGGUGGUGAACGAGCACCAUAAGGACUACAUGUUCCUCGAAUGUAUCCGUUUCAUCACAGAGAUGAAGACAGGCCCCUUCCCCGAGCACUCCAAUCAGCUGUGGAACAUCAGCGCCGUCCCUUCCUGGUCCAAAGUCAACCAGGGCCUCAUCCGCAUGUACAAAGCUGAGUGCCUGGAGAAGUUCCCCGUGAUUCAGCACUUCAAAUUUGGCAGCCUGCUCCCUAUCCAGCCCGUUGCACCUUAAGGGGGCCUUCUGGAGGCGGAGGGACCUGGGUGGGGGGGAGCCCUGGAGAGAGGCAAGGGGGCUCCCCUUCCAACUCCCCCCACCCCCCCACCGGCCCUGCUGCUCCUCCCUCUUGGCAGCGGCCUGGCGGGGCAGAGCCAUGGAGGAAGAAUCUUGCAUUGGCGCAGAAAAAGGCAAGGGCUGGACUGGACUCCGGGCCACUGCUGCCCACUCCUCUGCCCCCGUUCGUUGUUUGCCCCAGAGUAGUUGGUACUCCUAGGAUGGCGGGGUGGGCGGUUUGCUUCUUUAGGCUCUGCUGUAUAUUUUGCUGGGGAAAUACACACGCUUUAAAUUUAGGGACAAGCUCACCAUGCUUGCAUUCUUCCAAAGGCUCCCCCCCCCCGCCUUGGAUGAUGGGGGCGGGGGGGUUAAAGAGAGCGACAGAGGACGGUGCAAGCACCUUGUUGUCCAAAAGGAGCUUUUUUUUUGCUUUGGGUCGGGGAUCAGGGAAGCUGAUAGGUUUUCUGUUGCCUGAAGCGAGGAGGAAGGACCACCUCCAGCCAGUUGGAGGAUGCUCAGCAGGGGUUUCUGAAGCUGCCAGGAACGGAGACCCGGAUAAAUUUUAAGCACAAUCCUUGUCUUCUUUCUUGCUCCUGAUCUUCGGCACGAAGCCGCUCCCUCCGUCACCGCGGGUUGGCUUUGAAUCUGGGGGCAUCAAUAUUGCCAUAGCAGCAGCCCCCCCCGCCCCCUUCCAGGCGUGUCGGACCGUGGCUCCCAUCGCUCCCACCCUGCCAGCCUAGCCAGGGGAUGGGAGUUGUAGUAGAUGUGUCUGGAGACCCCCAGGUGUGAGAACACCAUGAUGACUCCUUGAGCAGCUGGGCCGAAACGUUUCCCCUCAACAGUUUCGGGGCAGAGUGGAGGGGAGGGCUCAGGCGUCCGAAGCCUCCAACAACCGUCUGGAAAUGCAGAGAAACAAAAGGCAGCGCGUCUCCGAUCUGCGGGAACAUCAAAGCUGCUGGCCGAGCAGCCAUACGGAGCAGCUCAGUUGCCUUUUCCCCGGGUCAGCACAAAAUCUCAGAUCUGUUAGGUGGCAAACCUCCCAUCUUCGGGGGAUCGUGGCCUGGGGAAGCAGAAUUGAGGGCUGUGCCCUCCAAGGGUCGGGGCGGGGGUCAACCUGAGCCACUGCAGCCCCCCCCCCAGUGUGAAAGGAUUGGGGACUUGCAGCCCCGAGCGACUGGUCUGUAGAAGCCUGGCUUCCGAUUUGGGCUUGCAGGCUGCAAAAUUGGAGGGGCUUUAGCAGAUCUGGAGAUUUCCACUUUCCUAGGCACUGGGAGGCCACGUCUCCUAAGCCGUACUUGGAGGAAAGAUGCUUGGGAAACUUUCCGUUCCUUCUGACAGCCGAGGGCCAAACAUCUGCCCCGCAAAAACCCUGAAUUGAAGCCCGCUCGAAACUCUCCCCCUGCUCUUCCAGUAAUGCCAAGCCCGGCUCCGUAAUCCUGGCACUGCGUAGAUAAUUUUCUGCCCCUCAUUGCCCCGUCUUCUGUUGCAAUUUUAGGGCCCUGCCCCAAACUGCCUCCCUCCUCUUUUUUCAGAACCUGGAGCUGGUACUGUUUCAGACCUUUGCCCGAUGCCUUCUCGGCAGCCAUCCUCUUGGCCGACUCUAACUUUGCUCUGGAGCUCUAACCCACAUCUUCAAAUGCAAAGAGUCCAUUAGCCUUGGUUAGUCCUCUUUAUUUAUUGAUUUCUUUCUCUUCCGCUCUCGUCUGGAAAGCCGGCUUGCGUUUGUACUUACAGACCCAGAUAGGAUCGGUAGAUGCCACGCACCCACACACACACCCCUUUCCGAUGAGCUGGAUCCCUUUCUCCCUUUGGAUUUUGGGCAAGCCAAUUUGAAACCUUUCUCACUGCAGAGAAAUCCUUUGUAAGGAUCACCGUUGCCAAAGCUCUGCGCUCUGGAAAGCAGGGUGCAUUUAGAAGGGGCUUAUAUUUGGGGCAAGACGGGCCCCUCAAGAUAAAAAUCCACCUCCCCUUUAGCCUAAACCAGGGGUCUCCUGAAGGUGCCGGGCUUGUCCUCUGCCGCCAUUCGAUGGGUUAGCUCGGGAAAAGGGCUGGACUGGGUCAAAUAUUGAUGCAAACAGGACAGGGGUGCCGUCAAUCUCCCUGUCUUCCUUGAAGCUGUAUAAUCAGCCCCUCUGGGUGAGAAGAUAGCUUUCUUUGGACCCCUCCUGUUCAGUGGAUCGGGGUUUUAUUCCCCCUCCCCCAGCUGAAACCCAACGCAGCAAGAUCCUCUGAGCAAUACCAGCCUCUCGUUUCGAGAGCCUGGGAUGUUUCCAACCCCUUCCCCAGCUUCUCGGCCUUUUGCAAGCUGGAUAUUUAGCCAGGAUGGGAGCCCCGAGGAAACGCCGGGGCCCUUAAGGGGCUCCAUCGGAAGUGGCAGAUGGCGACCGUCUGGUAGACGGGCUUGAUCUGACAGCCAUGUGGGGAAGGUUUUCCUCCCUGUCCGGCCUCUUCCUGCCUCGAGAAAAUUGGGAGCAACCCCUUGCGCAGAGGAUCUGGUGGAGAUUUUUCUUUUUUCACCGAGACAAGGGAGCCCUAGAUCUCUAGCUGUAGAAAAUCCUUGCCUCCAUUUCUAACUCAGCCGGUUCGGUAGGUUUCGGUGUGUUGCAAAAACCUGCUGAGCCUGUUUGACCAAACCUGGGAGGGGAAUUCCAGGAGGCCCUUGGUUACAGCAUGAAAGGCGAACCCUGGGUUGCUCUGCCGUUUAUUCCAUUUUAAAGGACCCUCCCCCUUUUUCCCCCUAAUUCCAGCCCAAGUAAUAUGGGGUGGUGGGUGGUGGCUGCGUGUAACUGCAAAGAGCAAAGAGCAAAUUCCAACCACUUAUCUCCUUGCCUUGCUUUUAUAUAGCCUACUCUAGAGCAAGAAUUCAGGCAUCCUGCUGUUGCACUUUGAAUGCCGGUGCACAAACAUGCCUUUUGAAGCUGUGAUCAAAGCAAGGGGCAGUGACGGGGAAGGGGGGACCUUGCACGUGUCUACUCAGCCCUGGGGAGGAGACCCCCCUCCCCCCAGAAUGCAGAAUGUCCCUUUCUAGCUGUUCCUGCAAGAAACAAAAAGUGCUAUCAGUGCCUGGAGGGUGGCACCUUCAAUUAAACAGGAUUGGACUCUUUCUUGGCGUUACCUAGCCUUUAUUAAUACCAAAUAUUAUUGAUGGCCACCUCCUUGUUCCUUUUGCCGAAUGGUCAGAGAGAUCUAACCAGAUGUUCCUAGAUUUUACAGUAAAAUAGCAUAGCUUCGUUUGGUGGGAGUUUAUUUGGAUCCUCCGGUGGCUCCCUUUAGUCCAGUGUUUCUCAACCGUGGCAACUUUCAGGUGGGUGGACUUCAACUCAUAGAAUUCCUCAUUCAAUUCUGGGAGUUGAAGUCCACCCACCUGAAAGUUGCCAAGGUUGAGAAACACUGCUUUAGUCUGUCUGUCCCAUCUGCAGUUCUGCUCUGCUUGCAUGUGUCCUUGACCCAGAAUGGUUGACCUGGCAUCCCUCCAGGGCUGUAAGCAUCCCACCUGGCCCUCUUCUCCGGCUUUCUUAGCGUGUUGGUUUGAAUUAAACCUGUUGAAUUUU